AACUAGCUUCCUGUAACCGUCCUCGGGCCGAGCCCCGGGUUCUGCUCCAGUUUCGAGGUGUCACGGCUAGUUUCUUGUUUAAGCCCUAGAAUCUUGCCGUCGGAGUUCGGAGCAAACUCAGUUCUGGUUCCUGUUCUCAGUUCAGUUUUCCCCGAGUUCUCGCGAGAUUGGCAGAGCGACCCCGAGAGCAGCCCGAGAACCGGUAUCCUAGGAGCUUGAAGCCUCUGAAACGUUUUUGCGGCCUGAGUCGGGAGUCAACCUAACGCCAGUGAGUCCCGACUGGGAUCCUGGCAGUGAUGGAUGAGGACCUGGUUUUGGCACUUCAGCUUCAGGAGGAGUGGAACUUGCAGGUUGCGGAGCGCGAUGGCGCCCAGGAGCCCCUGUCGCUGGUAGACGCGUCCUGGGAGUUGGUGGACCCCACGCCGGAUUUGCAGGCCCUGUUUGUGCAGUUCAACGACCGGUUCUUCUGGGGCCAGCUGGAGGCCGUGGAGGUGAAGUGGAGCUUGCGCAUGACCCUGUGUGCUGGCAUAUGCAGCUAUGAAGGAAGUGGUGGAAUGUGUUCCAUCCGUCUUAGUGAACCCCUUUUAAAGUUGAGACCAAGAAAGGAUCUUGUAGAGACCCUCUUGCAUGAAAUGAUACACGCCUAUUUAUUUGUGACUAAUAAUGAUAAAGACCGGGAAGGACAUGGUCCAGAGUUUUGUAAACAUAUGAAUCGCAUCAACCACCUGACUGGAGCCAAUAUAACGGUAUACCAUACUUUUCACGAUGAGGUGGAUGAGUACCGGCGACAUUGGUGGCGCUGCAAUGGGCCAUGUCAGUAUGAAAAACCAUAUUAUGGCUAUGUUAAACGUGCUACUAACAGGGCGCCCUCUGCUCAUGACUAUUGGUGGGCCAAGCACCAGAAAACCUGUGGAGGCACUUAUAUAAAAAUCAAGGAACCAGAGAACUACUCAAAGAAAGGCAGAGGAAAGAUGAAACUAGGACAGCACCUGGAAUCGGCAGGGGAGAAUAAAGAUAAAACCAGUAGAGGUGAGGCACAGCGAUUAAUCCCUUUUAGUGGGAAAGGAUAUGUUCUAGGCAAAACAAGCAACUCACCUUCAUCUGGAAAGUUGAUCUCUAAUGCCUUCAAUAAAACUCAAGGUCGUUUAAGUCAGGAUCACUCAGGAAAUGCUGUAAGACCAAACUCUAAACUUGAGGUAAAACUUGAACAGAAUGGUUCAAAUAAAAAAUCUCAUCUGAUUUCCCCUGUUCUUAAUGCCAAUCACCAAAGUGUUUUAAACAACUACUUUUUUAAAGUAUCAGUUGCCAACCCAAAAGCUUUCAGAAAAGUGAAUGGAUCCCCAAUAAAAAGCUUAACAGUUGGUGAUGCCACUAAAAACUCAAGCUCUUCUGGUUCUCAAAGAAUGGCUACAUCUUCUAACAUGCCCCUAAGAAAUUCUUUAAAAGCCGUGGAGUCAGCAUCUGUUACUGCAUCCCAGGUUGUGAGUGGACCUGAAGAUAAAGUCCCAAAUAAACGACCCAGGCUAGAAGACAAGACUGUUUUUGACAAUUUUUUUAUCAAGAAAAGGAAAAUACAAAGCGGUGGAAGCGAUCAGAAGUGUAGUUCAUCUCCUGCAACCACAACUCAAAAUUCCAGUAGUUCGUCCAGUCAGAGCAAAAUGGUUAAUUGUCCAGUUUGUCAUAAUGAAGUUUUGAAUUCUGAAAUUAAUGAGCACUUGGACUGGUGCCUUGAAGAUGAUAGCAUGAAAGUCAAAAACUGAAAAAUCCUUGAAAGACGAAUGGGUCUCAUGUACCACCUGUUUUACCUCACUAAUGUGCUGUGUCGGCCAUUCAGGAAGUUCUGGUUAAGAUAAGAUUUGUAGGCUAUAAUUAGUUCACACAACCAGUAUAAAAUGUUCUAUUUUACAUAUACAUAUGACAAUAUAAUUAAAAAUAUUUUAUCUCAAGGUGCUAUAGUCACAUUUGCCUUAUGUAUACGAUAGCCUAGAGUUUGUUCUUUAUAAUUUUUACAUACUUUUGCUCUUUCUUAUUCUUAAAAGAUUUUGAAUCUGUUAAAGGAUUUUGAAUAUCCUAAAAAUAUUCAUGUGAAAAAUUCUGUCAGAUAUUUGGUUAAAUUGGAUAUUUAUUAAGACUUUUUCCCUGAACUGAUGUUAAUCUUAGUGUCAGAAUUACCUACUAAAACACAAUCUACAUUAGAAAAUUUUUGUAGUUGUUUUAGGGUACUCAGGUUUUUUGUCUUUCUGCUUUUUGUUUUUAUAAAAUCUUAGCAGUUAAAGAAUUUUAUUUCUCUGUUCCACCUUUACUAAAAAGUGGUAGCAGAUUUUAGGUUGAAGUAGAUAAAGGAAUAUAGCAAAAAUAAUUAAUGUUUCUUCUAGAAUAUUACUAGUAACAAGUUGCCACUGUAGUUCUGUGAGGUUGGAUUUCAUACUGAGUUUAGCAAAGUGAGUGGUUAAAAUUCAGGGCUGAUAAGUAACUGGUAUAUAUAGUUUCACAAAGUUGCCUCAUUUAUGUAACAGUGGAAAAUUAUCUGGAAACAGUAUUAACAAACCUUAAGCCAAAAGUUUAGAGCAUUACAAGAAAAGGAAUGCCAUUUGUACACUGAAAAAUGUUUUUGUUUUUAAAAAUGCCCUUUUCCAUGUUACAGCAAAAGGACGGAGAUACUUUUAUCAUUUUGCUUUUUGUCUCAUACAGCUCGUUGGCAUACUCCCAGAGACCUCAGUUCACAAGUUUUCUGUUUAACUUUGUCACAGUAUGAUUUGUACAUGGUAAGGUGCCCAACUCUGCAGUGACCACCUGUGUAACCAAUACCCAAAUCAAGUUAGAGAACAUUUUUGUCACCACAGCUGUACCUGGUCCGUACCCAUCACUCUCACCACUCUCAAAGAUUACUACUAUUUUCACCUAUUACCCAAAGGCUCAGCCUGUUUUUGAACUUCAUAAGGUAGUAUCUGUGGUGCUAUAUGUAGCAGAAGUUCAUUUUCAUUACCCUAUAAUAUUUGUCUGAAUAGGCCAGAAUUUUUUCAUUCAUUCUAAUAUUAAUGGACAUUUGAAUUAUUUUCAGUUUGGGGCUUCUAUGAAUAAUGCUUCUAAGAACAUUCUUACUCAUUUCUCUUGGGUGUAUACUCAGGAAUGGAACCGCUAGCUUCAGUGAGUAACUCUGCACUCCUGCCAGCAAUGUGUGUGAGACUUUCAGUUCAGUAUUCUUAACAGUUAGCAUUUUCAUUUUAGCCUCUCUGGUUGGAUGUUUAUAAGUUUCGAUUUCUUAAAGCAUGAAUUAAAAAUAUUUAAUAAAUGUUUAUAGUUAAA